UGGUAGUAGGACUGCUGUGACUGAUAAUGCAGUAGUCGUUUUACAAUAAGAAUGUACAGUAACUUCAGAUUUCCAUUUGAAUAACUUGAAAAAUUACUUUCGAUUCUUAAAAAUGUUAAGAUCCUAAAAUGUACAGGAUGGUGUUGAUUAAUCUAUCAGUUAUAUUCGUGGAGGCACAUGAGUUUCAUGUGCUAAAUUAAAUUUUGGGAGCCAAAUUCUGAAGCUCUUUUCAGAUGGAAACUGAAUGCCUCCUGGCAGCUGAUCACUCACUUAAGAAAGAUAGAUACUGAGGAAAAAAUAGACUGUUAACAUACACAAUCAGCUAUAAUUUCUCUUUUCAUGUAUUUGGUAAAAGCUUUGCGUACUGAUAUAUGCAGACAGUUGACAGCUCUUCUUUAACUGAACCACGUUGAAAUGAAGCAAAAAAAUCUGAAGCAGAAAUGGGUAGAGAAACUUGGGUAGGAAAAGGAGUCAGCAAUCUUAAUGUAAAAUUGUGUGCGUACUGCAUAACUUGAUAUAGAGCUUUUUUCAUAGUGUACUCCUUUUAAUGUUACUUUUAAGUGAACUGCUAUUUCAAAAAUCCCUACAAGAGUUUUAUACCUAUAGCCAAAUGUUGAGACGUAUCAGAAUACAGUAAGGAGUUGUGACAUGGUUUAAUGUAGACAUUUUGUGUUUAACGUGGUGGGAGUGUCUUAUGCUCAGAUACUGUUAGUAUCAACUUUUGGCAGGAUGCUUGGCAAUUUGGCAGACAUAUUGGCAGUUAGGGGUGACUGGGGGAAGAAAGAACAAUGUAACUUCUUAUUUAAAAAUCUCCCUCUGCAGAAAUGGCAAAUUAAAGGGGAGAUCCUUCCUCAUCCUCUUGCUUACAAGCCAUGUUUGGAUCUCUGCUGUUUUAAAGAGUAAAAAACUUUGCUGUUAUUUAUCUUGUGGAUAUCACUGAAGUACCAGACUUCAACAAGAUGUACGAGUUGUAUGAUCCUUGUACCGUCAUGUUUUUCUUCAGGAACAAACACAUCAUGAUUGAUUUAGGUACAGGUAAUAACAACAAGAUCAACUGGGCAAUGGAAGAUAAGCAAGAGAUGAUUGACAUUAUAGAAACUGUUUAUAGAGGAGCCCGCAAAGGUCGAGGUUUGGUGGUAUCGCCAAAAGAUUAUUCCACUAAAUACAGAUACUGACGUUGCUUUGGGGCUUUUUUUUUAACCCUACAUUCACUUAAAUUUAUUCUUGUGUAUGUGUGUACAUAUAUAUAUAUUAAAA